UAUCGUGGCUCAAUCCAGCAAAUCAACAACCGGGGUAUUGGCAGGCGACAUGGCCCCAGUCGAGAUUUUUGCUUAGACAAAACCAACAGUGUCGGACUCGUGAGAAUCACCGAGAUUGCAUCUUCUAGAACCUUUGGCUACUCUAUCUCUGGUUCUGCAGUAGUAGUCGUCCACGCACACCCAUAACCCGCUGCCGCACGCAAUUGCAGCCAACAAUCCGCUAUUCUCUAUAUAAUCCAUUUCGACAUGUUCUCCCAUUCAGUACGAACCAACUUGUAAUGGCCAGUUUCGUAAUCUACAGUUGCAAGCAGGAUUGAUUGCCGACUGUUGUCACUCUGUAAUUCAUGUGGGUUGCGUGCUUCAAGCGGAGCCUGGGGCAUAAUUACCAAUGCUUUUGCUGCCUAACUGGAUGGAUUGGCGUGCUUACCUAGGUGCUUAUUGACCUCGUCCGCUCCACAACGUACGACCGAACAUACUCGAAAUCCGACACGUCCGAGACAAAAUGGAAAACCUACCAGAUGAAGUGCUUCUCCUGAUCUUUGAGAAUCUAACACAAUGCAAGCCCCGCUAUUGGCGAACCCGGACCCAAAGGCUUCGACCAUUGACUCUGGUAUCUCGCAGACUUCACCGCAUAGCAACUCCAAUGUUGUACGAGCAUAUCCAGGGGUCGAAAUUCUUGGCCUCAGAAUCUUGGGUGGGCCUUGCAAAGACUCUACAUCAAAAUACAAACCUCGCUCAACAUGUCAAGUCCAUCAAUGCCCAGUUUGCCUCUUUUCCGUACAGGGAAUACCCUCCUCAUGAUCUGCUCCUCAACUUGAUGAAACUCUGGGAUAUGGUCCAGAAGCUUCACAUAGCGGAUAUAUACGAACUGGAAAAGCGAUCGCGCUCAUACUGCGACAACAUUCUGCUAACUUUCUGGGUUUUACUUUGCGAGCGUUUGGAGACCCUCGUGAUGAAUCUAUCGAAUGACUCGUGGAUAGGGGAGGUUGGGGGCACUCGAACUGGCACUCUACCUCUCGCCGUUGAGGAGCUUGGCCGUGCUAUAUACGCGGACUUGGACUCUGGGGGUCGUCGUUACGACUGUUUGCGUACCCUAAACAUCUCAUUGACCGAAUGGUCCUGUUUUCACCUCACUAUUGCGGUUCCGUUCCUUUCCCUCCCCAAUUUGAAAACUCUCGCACUUGCUGGUGAGGGCUCCUAUGCUCGGCUAAGAACACCUUUCUAUGGAAGGGAGCCCGAAUAUCCAGUCCGUACUUCGUCGGUUGAACAUGUGCAUUUGAAAUUCGCUGCUGAUGCAAAGACCAAGCCAUCCGAUCUUGUCAAUCUACUUCUAGCUUGCAAAGCUCUUAAAAGAUUUGAUUGCCUCAUUUUCUGGUCUCCCAUUCCCGAAGAAUGGUUCGAGGCCGUAUCGAAAAGCUUGCAGAUCCAUUCAAACACUCUUCAAUUCCUCACCUUGUCAUACUCCUCGCCAGAUGACGAAAACCUGAUAUCCAACUCAUCAUGUCUACCCGAGUAUCUCAGAAACAUGGACAAGCUUACCCAUGUUGACGUUCCGUAUGCGACAUUGUUCCGUAACCACGAUGUUUCGAAUAUCGCGCAACUGCUUCCCCCUUCCCUUGAGUUCUUGACACUCCGCCUGGAGCCCCAGGUCGACAUGGCCGAUUGGGCUGCCAUGGAUGCUAUCAUCGAGCACACCAGCAGUGCUAUCUACAUCGCGUAUCAAGAGGGCGUAUUUCCCAAUCUCGAAGCUGUUGAAAUAAUGCUAUACCAUGGCAGUUGGUACCACCCUCAACCUCGGCAAUUUGCAAUACCGAAAUUCAACAUCGAGCAUACAAGGUCUGCUCUCAGGAGUCACGGUGUGCACUUCGACGUGUCCCUAUACUACGACUGGCACGAGGGAUACGCUGACGAUCCCACUCCGGAAUUCCCCGCCACAAUCCCCACGAUGCGUGCUUUCAAAUGGCGGUUCCCCGGUUUCGUCAGAUGGUCCCCGCACCACCACCAGCUGCGAGCUUCAACUUGCGAGGAACCACAAAUCGAAAGAGAUAUUUGGGAUUGGGGUGUGUAUAGAUGGUCACCUCAUGUACCGCCUUAUCAACCAUGGGAUUGGGAAAAUGAAGAAAGCCCAGAGUUGCCAGACACAGCAUAG